AAAGACAAGCAUUUGCUAACUACAUAAGCACUCUUUACACACUUUUAAUGUCAUCUUGACAAAACCGCUGCUCGCAGCUUCGUAUAGCUGAAAGCGGACCAUGGCGGCUGCCAUGAGCAGCAACACAUCCACGCUUCAGAUCAAGUAUUCCAGUAUCGAGCAUACGCGGAAACGCAUAGACCCUCGGAGGAGACAAGCCGCGCUGUCUUUUCUCAGUAACAUUUCUUUGGAUGGUCGACCCGUGCAAGAUGAUGCCGACAAUCAGAUCGAAGAGGAUAAUUCAAUUGAGGCCAGGACUAGACAGAGCCUGGUUUCCACAGCAGAGCGCCCGCUGUACGCGGUUGGCAGUGGCGCUGCGGUAGCAACCUCCACCGCCGCCCAGGCGCUCGCUAUUGCAAACCAGGCUCUGAUUGCUAACACCCGAGCCAGUUUUGGGAUUGGUCCCACCGCUGCAGCUCCAGCAUGUACAGAUCCGGAAGGGGAUGCUUUCGGUCCUUCGAUUUUCAGUUCGUCCUUCUCUGUAGUACCAGCCGCGACUAGAAGCAGGCUCCAGACCUACACUCAGGGAGUCGUGCCUGCUGCCCACCCUAGGCAGGCUUCCCAGGUCUGCUGUCUAGAGGGAGGACAGAUCGCCAACUCGGGACUGGAACUGCAGAGAUCAAGACGGAGGCUCAUUUCUCAGCGUUCCUCCUUGGAGACACUGGAAGACAUUGAGGAGAACGCCCCUCUACGCAGAUGCAGAACCCUCUCAGGUUCACCCCGACCAAAGAGCUUCAAGAAGGUUCACUUCAUCAAGAACAUGAGGCAACAUGAUAUACGCAAUGGAAGGAUAGUCCUAAUCAGUGGCAGAAGAUCCCUUUAUAGUGUAUUUUCUGUCCUGCCCUAUCGAGAUUGUAGCCAAGCAGGGGAUGUGAAACUGGAAAGCGGGCGGCAGCGGCACCCCUCGGGCGGGGUCAGUGCCAAGGAGAUGGUGAUCGGGCUGGAGGGAGUGGAGCUGGGGGCCGACGGAAAGACUGUGUCGUACACCCAGUUCCUGUACCCCACCAACGCCCUGGGCAGCGGACGCAGGAACACCAUAGACUCCGUGUCGUCCUUCACUCAGUCUCGUAACGUCAGCCACCGCAGUCUCAGCCUGGCCCGGGCCAACAGCAACCAGAGCAGCAUCGACACGGGGAACGAUCUGGGGGACUUGAUCCGGGAGUACGACCCUAAUCUGUUGGACGAUCCCCAGUGGCCGUGUGGGAAGCACAAGAGAGUCCUAAUCUUCCCCUCAUACAUGACUACAGUCAUAGAGUACGUCAAGCCUUCUGACCUCAAGAAGGACAUGAACGAAACAUUCAAGGAGAAGUUCCCCCACGUACGGCUGACCCUCAGCAAAGUCCGGAGUCUGAAGAGAGAGAUCCGUAAGUUGGCCCAGGAGGAGUGUGGCUAUGAGGAACCCACCGUAGCCAUGGCCUUCGUCUACUUCGAGAAGCUGGUCCUCCAGGGGAAACUCAACAAGCAGAACCGCAAACUCUGUGCCGGCGCCUGCGUCCUGCUCGCCGCCAAGAUCGGCGGAGACCUCAAGAAGCAUGAGGUCAAGCAGCUCAUAGAUAAACUGGAGGAGAGGUUUCGUGUGAACAGGAGGGAGCUGAUAGCCUUUGAGUUCCCUGUGUUGGUGGCCCUGGAGUUCAACCUGCACCUGCCUGAGAACGAGGUCAUGCCACACUACAGACGCCUCGUCCAGACCUCCUAGCAUUAGUGACCCAUCAGGAGGAGAACCCACACCCAGCCCUCCUGAUCCAGGACCAGGAGACCUACCCUACUGGACCACCCCACCUAACCGAGUCCCACGACCAGCUGGUCUCCCUGCAGCCUGGAGAUCCAUAGGGCUGGAGCUCCUCUACACUCUACUGCAGACCACAUUCAUAUGUACAUUUUCAGAUCGAGACUUGAAAGCAGCCAAAGUUACCCAUAUUCUUACUUCAACAUUCUUCUCAUACUUUUACUUCUACUUUCUUUAACACUAUCUACACCUUCAAAAGAUUGGUAGCUGAAAGUUGGCGAAAGCUGUUCAUAACAAUUAUUUUUUUGUUGUUGUAAUCCUUGCUUGGCAUGUUUUGGUUGCCUUAUGAUUGUCGUGGAGAAUGACGCAAACCUGUCGCGUGGCCGAUUUUGACAGGACUGUUAUCCCAGUAACUCUGUGCUUUUUGAAAAAACGUUUUCCAGUCUCUCCUCGCUAGAAGUGCACUUUUAGAAUAUUCUAGACAUGGAUAGAGGCCAUUUUCGGAGACUCUUGACUGGGUGAGGGUUGUGAAACAAACUCAUUCGGCUCAAUUUGAGUUGACUCAAACCCUGGAAGGGAAGUUGCUCUAAAUGGCUUUCAAUAUAUUUUCUAAUCCAUUUUCUUUUUCUGUUUCCCAGCCACCAAUACCGCGAUCCGCAUGCCAAUUUAUCGACACAACCUUUUUAGAUUGCAAAAUACUUACAGAUUUAAUAGGAUUUUAUACUGUAUAUUAUUCAGUACAUUUAAGUAUUCUUCUUGUUUUCUACCUGUUGAGUGCUUGCUUUGGACAUUAUGUGAAUGGGCCCACUCUUAUCAUUCAAUGUGUAAUCUCCUGUGCUCUAUGUUAGAGUGUAUCAUCGGCACGUUUCCAGUGCUUUUACUGGAGUGGGUGGAAAGGUAUCAGAAGUAGGGCAUGAUGUUGCCAAUGCUACAGCUCUGAUCUUGAAACUGAACUUGAAUUAGCGUCAUAAUCAAAAUAUCUGUCAAGGCUUGACUAAGUGUUUGAUAUGGCAGGUGAUGAAUUUGUCACGGUCACAAUAUGAUUGUGCCAUCUGUCUUUUAUGACGAGUGGUUCCAGUUCUAAGGUCACCAUUGUUAUGGUCCCAGUCAGUAUUAAAUAGAACGUUGUUGCCCUGCCCACCUGUAGGGAAAAUAACCUUGGCUCACAGCAAAAACGUGACCUUUUUUCAAACACAAUUUUCUUGUUGUCUGCUUGAUUUUGUCAAUUUCAAAAUAACAGUUAAGGAAAAUAAAAUAUGUCUAAGGAUGAAUUUUCAACAUUGCCUGCUCCCAAGCGUUCUCACUACUUAGAAAAUUGUAAUAUUGUAGGGCUUCCCUCAUGCCCCUUUUCAUGAAGGUGCUAAUGUUAGCAACGUGAGUGCUAGCUAGCUACCAACCAGAACAUUAAACUAGCCAAGACCAACAACACAAACAAACGGACUAUAAAGUAGUGAUUGGAGUUACACACGGACUAUACUACAUUAGUUAAAUGUCUUUCUUACCUGUGAUUUAAAUGUUUUCCAAACAAAUGGCUAUGUGUAGCCUACUUGGACACUGGGUCACCACAAUUUCCCACACUCCCACACUGAAUAGUCUGAAGCCACAGGGCUCUUCUCGCAUGCUCUAUUUCCCUACGUGGGACCAUUGCAAACCGUAGGUCGGGAUUUACCUGGUUACAUGUACAUAAACAUGUACAGCGCAUUCGGAAAGUAUUCAGACCCCUUUACUUUUUCCACAUUUUAUGUUACAGCCUUAUUAUAAAACUGAUCCUCAUCAAUCUACGUAAGUAUUC